UCGUGAGUUGGCUGGACGUGUUUUGUGAUUGUGCGGUGCAAAGCAAGAUUAUUAUUCAUCCCAAGCUCCCUCUGUGAAAAGUGAAGAGUGCAAAAGUUUAACCGCGGAAAAAUCUUCAUUGCAAUCGUUUUCUCGUGCUAACGUCUGCCGAAUUUGAUCCCCGAGAUGGUGUGGGGCUUUGUGACGUGCGGUCCGAACGAGGCACUGGUAGUUUCAGGAUGCUGCCACAUGAAACCGCUGCUGGUCCCCGGUGGGCGGGCAUUUGUAUGGCCCUCAGUGCAAAGAGUUCAAAGAAUCUCCCUCAACACGAUGACACUGCAGGUGGAAAGUCCAACCGUGUACACCAGCCAGGGUGUGCCAAUUUCCGUGACCGGCAUUGCCCAGGUCAAAAUCCAGGGCCAAAAUGAGGACAUGCUGCUGACGGCGUGCGAGCAGUUCCUCGGCAAGUCCGAAACGGAAAUUCAACAUAUUGCUCUGGUUACCUUGGAAGGCCACCAGCGUGCCAUCAUGGGUUCGAUGACGGUCGAGGAGAUCUACAAGGACCGGAAGAAGUUCUCCAAGCAGGUGUUCGAGGUCGCCUCGUCCGAUUUGGUCAACAUGGGCAUCACGGUGGUCUCGUACACGCUGAAGGACAUCCGCGACGAGGAGGGCUAUCUCAAAAGUUUGGGUAUGGCUCGUACGGCCGAAGUCAAACGGGACGCCCGUAUUGGUGAGGCGGAAGCCCGCUGUGACGCCACGAUCAAGGAGGCCAUCGCCGAGGAACAACGGAUGGCUUCCCGUUUCCUGAACGACACGGAAAUUGCCAAGGCACAGCGUGACUUUGAGCUGAAGAAGGCAGUGUACGACGUCGAGGUGCAGACGAAGAAGGCCGAAGCCGAGAUGGCAUACGAGCUGCAGGCCGCGAAAACCAAACAGCGCAUCAAGGAGGAACAGAUGCAAAUUAAGGUCAUUGAACGUACCCAGGAAAUUGCCGUUCAGGUGCAGGAAAUGGCUCGUCGCGAACGCGAACUGGAAGCCACCAUCCGGCGCCCGGCUGAGGCGGAGAAGUUCAAACUGGAAAAGCUGGCCGAAGCCAACCGGAACAGGGUCAUCCUGGAGGCGGAAGCCGAAGCGGAAGCGAUACAAGUCCGCGGAGAAGCCGAAGCAUUUGCCAUCGCUGCCAAAUCGAAAGCCGAAGCCGAGCAGAUGGCUAAGAAGGCGGAAGCUUGGCGAGAGUAUCGCGAAGCUGCUAUGGUCGACAUGCUCUUGGAAACUUUGCCAAAGGUGGUCGCCGAGGUUGCAGCCCCACUGUCUCAGACCAAGAAGAUUACGAUGGUAUCUAGCGGAAGUGCCGAUGUCGGUGCGGCAAAGCUGACCGGCGAAGUGCUGCAGAUCGUCAACAAGAUUCCGGAUCUGGUCAAAUCGAUCACUGGCGUGGACAUUUCAAGGUCGGUGCACGCUGGUUAGAGCCCCAGAUAGGUUGGCGAUCGCAUGUCGGCUGUCUACCAAGUCGUCCGAGCUUCGAACCAUCGAGCACUACUAUUUCGGCGGCGGCGGCAGCGACGUCGGCGACGAUCGACAAGCGAAGUAAGUUUCACAGAGAACGUAAACGAGCAACAACGUGACGGCAUUUCAGUCCACGAAUGCCGUCGUUUCCCCCCUUAAGCUUUACGGAUUUUGUUACUUUCUCGGUAAGUUUUGUUUUCCUCCGUUUGUUAUGUUUUUUUGUAUAUGUUUAGUGUUUACUUACUUGUAUAUUUUGGGAUGGUUUAUUGAUAUUUUUAUAAGCUUCCGGCAGAAGCAUUGGCCAUAUAUUAUUUCUAAACAUUAUUCUUAGUUUUAUACUUUAUCAAACAUUAAGUUCAACUUCUGAUCCAGCCGAGUCAGCGUCGAAAUAUCGAAACAAAUUUUAAAAGCUUUGAUAUACAAACAACGAGAUGAUCCCAAUUUCCUCUAAUCGUAUUACAUCACUGCCACUGCAUCAAUAAUUCCAAUUUUCUACCACUAAAGAAGCACAACUCGGCAAAUAUUCAGCACAUAACUGCAAAAGAUGCACUUUUUCUAAUUCGAGUGUGAGUGCGUUUGAAGCUGACUCGACCCUGGAGAUGAAUCGGAAAAUCAAUCGAAACGUUACCACUUAUACCACAAUACUCUCAGUCCCGAAUUGUUUACGGCAGGGUUCUUUCUAAGGGAGGGAAAACAUCCGUAGGAAAAGUCGUAGAUGGAAUCAAAAUCGAAAGUCCAAACUCUCGAAGUAGAAUUUCACGUUAACCAAAUCGAACGAAGAAUUUAAUCUCUCCUGGCAGCUAAUUUCCUCUUCAGCGUUAAUAUAACUCGAACUCGUGUUCAUCCAUUCGUUUGGCCUAUUAUAAAUGAUUAUUUGAAAUCUACUCCUCUAACCAAAAACAACACAUGAUAUUAAACCAAAUAUAUUUAAUAAAAAUCUACUACGAAACUAGCUACUGUGCAUCUAUUGUGCAACUUGCAACAGUUGCAUAACGGUUGCCCGUAACUGCUUUCGAACAACGUUAAAUAACACAUGAUGAAGGAACACAAACUAGUGUAACAAUGAUAACCCAUUUUCUCGGUAGGUGUAGUGAAAACAUAACAAACAAAAAAAAAAACCUUUUUCGUAAUGUCGUGACCUUAUUGGGAUUCAUUCGUUUCGGUAUAUAACUAAUAGCAACGCCAAGUGCUGCAAGCAAAAAUUAAAAAAAUUCGAAAACCUGAAAACAACUACUGCAAUUACACUAGCUAAACGUAGCGCGCUCGUUAUAUAUAGAGAGCAAAGGAAAGAGAAGCAAAACUUGCAAAAGAAUAUUUAUCGAUAAACGCAAAGGAAAACAGAAAAAAAAAACAUAUAUUUUGUAUUGAAAUUUCUCGAACGAUGGAUUACAGUGUAAAAGAACACAAAAAUACCAGAAACAAAUGUAUAAGAAAGCAAAUUGCAUGAAGAGCAUUUAAUUUUUUCCAAGCUAAACAUAGCGGAAAACCAGUGCAUACAUAAUUAUUAUGUUUAGCAAAAACGGCAAUUCUAGAGAAUGCGAGUAUAAGCUCUUUGUGUUUGUUUCAUCAUCGGAUACGAAACGUUCAAAUAAAGAACCGCAUAACAUUU